AUGGCCAGCCUCGAGACGUCCGCCGUCCGCUUCGAGUCGCUCUCGUCCGACAUCUCGCCCGUCCCUCACUCGUCCAACACGGCGUUCGAGUUCCUGUUCUCGCAGCCGUUCCGCAAGGGCACGCCGACCUGGGAGGCCACCUCGAAGGAGCUCCAGUCGCACACCCUCGGCCCCAUCCACCCCGAGAAGCCCAUCUUCCGCGACGGCAAGACGGGCGCAACCCUCAGCUACGGCCGCCUGUACCGCGACGCCCUCACGGUCGCCUCGUCCCUCACCGACGGCCACCUCGCCCUCCAGCCCGCGCCCGCCUCGUCCUCGAACCCGCGCGUCAACCGCGGCGCCAUCGUGUCGCCGACCAUCCUCCUGCACCUCCCCAACUGCCUGCCCUUUGUCACCCUCGCGUACGGCGUCCUCGCGUCGGGCCUCACCCUCACGGCCGCCAACCCGGUCCUCACCCCGCCCGAACUCGCCCACAUCCUCACCCUGUCCGAGCCCGCCGCGCUCGUCACGACCGCAGCAGGCGUCGCCACGUUCCAGGCCGCGUUCAAGCUCCUCGCGCCCGACCUCCAGGCCAAGCUCAGCUACGCGACCCGCGGCAACGUCUUCCUCGUCAACCUCGACGGCGACGACUACGGCGCGUCGGCGGCGUCGCUCGCACCUCUCGAGCGCAACGUGGGCGGCUGGACCGUCCACGACUGGAAGGUCCUCCUCCCCGCCACGCCCAAGCCGUUCUCGCCGCCGCGGUACACCGGGAGCGAGGACGCCCUGCGCGCCGCCAUGAUCUUCUGGUCCUCGGGCACGUCAGGCAAGAGCAAGGGCGUCAUCUUGACGCACAGGGCCAUCGGCUCGGCCCUCAUCGGCGUCUGGCACGCGUCGACGCUCGGCGAGGACGAGCGACUUGUCGGCCUUCCCCCGUUCUACCACAUCUUCGGCUGGGCCAACGUCCUCAUGGCGGGCGUCGCGCUCGGUGCGACCGUGACGACGAUGGGCAAGUUCGACCCGGUGUCGUACCUGACGAUGGCGCAAGAGUGCCGAGCGACGCACCUUCACUUCUCGCCACCCAUCGCCGUCCUCCUCGCCAAGAGCCCUCUCGUCAACGGCUUCGACCUCUCGUCCGUCCGAGGAUGCACCUCUGGCGGCGCGCCUCUCGGCACGAGCAUCAUCGAGGAGGUGUACAGGCGCCUCGGCAUCCUCAUCAAGAUCGGUUACGGCCUGAGCGAGACGGGCGGCGCGACGCAGCAGCAGAGCAUGACGUGGGACGACCUCAAGAAGCAGCUCGGCAGCUGUGGGCCGGCGUACCCGGGCACCGAGAUCAUGAUCCGCUCGACCGAGACUGGGAAACCCGUCACCGUUGGCGAGGAGGGCGAGAUCCUGAUUCGCGGCGUGUCGUGCGCCAUCUCGUACCUCAACAACCCGUCGGCGACGGCCGAGGCCUUCACGCCCGACAUGUGGUUCUGCACGGGCGACGUCGGCAAGUUCGACACCCAGGGCAACCUGUACAUCACCGACCGCCUCAAGGAGCUCAUCAAAGUCAAGGGGUUCCAGGUCUCGCCCGCCGAGCUCGAGGACUCGCUGUGCGCCUCGCCGCUCGUGCAGGACGCCGGCGUCACGUCCGUGUACCACGACGACCACGCGACCGAGUACCCUCGCGCCUACAUCAUGCCGUUCGACAAGGAGGUGCUCAAGGGCGGCAAAAAGGCGCACGACUUUGCGCACGCGUUGCGGCAGCACAUCGAGGGCAAGCACUCGCCGUACAAGUGGAUCCGCGGCGGGUUCGUCCUCGUCGAGGCCGUGCCCAAAUCUCCUGCGGGCAAGAUUCUCCGGCGCAUGCUCAAGGACUGCAAGGGCCACGAGGUGCAGGUUUACGAGGAGAAGCCGCGCGCCAAGCUCUAGACCGACCUUCCUUCCGACCCUUUCUCGCUCUCUUUCCUAUCACCUCCCCUUGUCGUGCCGCAUCCUCUCGUCGUCUAUCUGUGCAUGUAUAGUCUCUCGUUGGCAAUGUAUAGCGACUGUGCUGG